CCAGCUUUCUGGCUGCUCCAAAAGUACGAAAGACAAACCCUUUCUCUUGCCCGCCCACUUUGAGAGAACCCUUCUUCCCGUACCCUCUCAACCUGUAGCAAUGGCGGCUGCCCAGUCCGCCGAUCAAGACGCUGCGCCUUUGGACUCUGAGACCAAUAUCGACAUUCCUCCUUCCUCCGCUUCUGCCAAAGUUGACGAAGAAGAGAGUGCUUCAACUGCCGAAGAUGCCUCGGGAGUUGCCACAGGGGUGGAAGGGGAUUCUGCUACCGAGACAGCCACAGAGACUAAGGUCGGAGGCGGCUUGGUGGUCAAGAAAUGGCCUGGGUGGCCCGGGGAUAACGUGUUCCGCCUCAUUGUGCCCUUGCUGAAGGUGGGGAGUAUCAUUGGCCGCAAAGGGGAGCUUAUUAAAAAGCUUUGUGAGGAGACCAGGGCUCGUGUUCGUGUUCUGGAAGCUCCCAUUGGUGUUAACGAUAGCAUUGUCCUGAUAUCUGGAAAAGAAGAGCUAGAAGCUAAGAUACCCCCUGCAAUGGAUGCUGUGUUAAGAAUCUUUAAACACGUUAAUGGUAUAUCAGAUAGUGUGCCUGAUCAUAAAAAUUCUGGAUCUACUGCUGCUACCUGCUCAGUGCGCUUGUUAGUAGCCUCAUCACAAGCUGUGAAUUUGAUUGGGAAAAAAGGUGAAGCCAUAAAAUCAAUUCAAGGGAGUAGUAAUGCCACUGUAAGGGUUAUAGGAGAUUUGCCAUUCUAUGCUGCUGCAGAUGAAAGAAUUGUUGAAAUACAAGGUGAACCUAUAAAGGUCCUUAAAGCUCUUGAAGCUGUCAUUCAACACCUCAGGAAGUUUUUGGUUGAUCAUAGUGUACUUCCUUUGUUUGAGAGAAGUUACAACAUGCCGGUCACACAAGAACGGCCAGCUGAUGCAUGGGGUGAAAUCAACCAACCUUUUGGCUACAAUGGACAACAAUCUGCAGUUUGCAGUGACUAUGGUUUUCCUAUUAAGCAAGAUUCUUAUUAUCUUGAUCAUGAAUCUCGUUUAGAAUCACAAGUACAACGUGGUGGACUUUCAUUGUAUGGACAAGAUCUUGCUGUGCCAGGUUUGCAUUCUUCAGCCAUAGGGCAUCCUGGAAGUGUCUUGGAGGUCACACAGAGAAUGCAAAUUCCACUUGCAUAUGCCGAGGAUAUUAUUGGUAUUGGAGGGAGAAAUAUAGCAUACAUGCGACGUACUAGUGGAGCAUCAAUUACCAUUGAGGAGAGUAGAGGAAUGGCUGAUGAGAUAACUGUUGAAAUCAAGGGCACUUCAUCGGAGGUCCAUAUUGCUCGGCAGCUCAUACAGGAUUUUGUUGCCAGCCGUACUGAACCAUUAUCAAACAGCUACAGUGGAUUGGACACGGGCUCGGGUUCAAGUUAUUCCCAUUUAUCGAGUGCACCUUAUCCAUCCUCUUCGCAGGCCUAUGCUCGAUAUGGUUCCUCAGAGCUAGGUAGCUAUGGGGGGUAUCGGAUAUAAGAGCAAUUUAGUUUAUUUUUACGGUUAAACAUGUGCAUUUGAAGCCACUUUCAAAGAAAAAAAACCAGUAGUUAUUUGAGUAGAGAUAAUUUGUUGGGUUGACUGUUUCUUAACUAGGUUUACUUAAUAACUGCCAAUUACUUGGUUAACUGCCUAAUAUCAACUGCGUUACCAUGCAAUUUUGGAGAUUAACCGCUAAA